AUGGACCACUCGCACCAUCACUCCAGAAUGAGCGCCAUGGGCCACCCCAGCGCCCUGGCCCCUUCACCCCAGCCUCUGCCCACCACGAGGCCCCACUCUCACGGGGGCAGCGCACACACGAUGCCCAUGACAUUCUACUUCGGCUACAGGAACGUGGAGCUGCUGUUCUCAGGGUUGCUGAUCGACUCGGCUGAGGCCAUGGUCGGGGCAGUUGUGACCGUGUUUCUGCUGGCCCUGGGCUAUGAGGGACUCAAGAGAGCUCGCGAGAGGCUCCGUGUCCUGUGCUCGCCUUUCCCCAGACCCGACCGAGCCUGCCCCCAGAAGACGUCCUGGCCGCAACUGCUGAGCGCCACUCACCAACUGCAGACGGUGCUGCACGUGUUCCACGUGGGCCUGAGCUACCUGCUGAUGCUGACCGUCAUGACCUACAAUGCCUACCUGGGCCUGGCGGUGGUGGCGGGGGCCGGCGCCGGCUACUGGCUCUUUGGCGGGAAGAAGGCGGAGGAUUCCCGGAACCUUGAUAGGAACAAGGUGGAGCUCCAUGAGAUUUGCGGCGGAAACUCCUGUCCUGCAGGAACGAGCCCUCACCUUCUUGUCCCUCCUGAAGCCUCUGGAUUGCAGCUGUUCUGA